UCUCUGGUCUGGAUGUUGUUUUCUCCUGUCCAUGAUGAAGAUACUCCUCUUACUCUCAGUCUGCUGGUUCCUGUGUGAGGCACGAAAACCAACAAUCAAGAUGGUCGCCAAGUAUGGCCUUGUGUAUGCCGGUGAUACCGUACUGCUCAAGUGUAGCAAUGUGCCUUCUAAAUGGUUCUUCAACGGGAAACGCAUGCCAUCAAACACUGAGCAAGUUCUGAUCCUGCCUGCAGUAUCCAGAGAUGACAAUGGGUACUAUCAAUGUGCAACCAGCACAGGAAUAAGUGACCAAUUCAACAUCACAGUCCUUGAUAAGGAGGUACUGUUAGAGGUCCCCCCAGAACCUGUAGUGUUGGGGGAGCCCCUCACCCUGAGAUGUGUGGUCCAGGGAGGAGCGGCCAUUCGUAAGGCGGUGUUCUACAAGAACGGUAAUGUGGUCCGCAGUACAAACGAUGGCCUCUACAGCAUCCUAGCCGUCACUUCCAACGACAACGACUCCUACAGUUGCCAAGCUGACUAUCAAUACACCUUUACAAAUCCUAAUGGAGCCUUGAAGACAGGGGUCAAAUCUGAUCCUCAAACAAUCACCAUCAGAGCUCGUCCUCCGACGGCCCAUGUCAUUAGCAACAACCAAUCUCUAGAGUGCUCCUGUCCCGACUGCCCGUCCUCUGCAAGCUUCAACUGGUACUUUCGAGAGUCCAGUGCCGCACGCAAAGAAUUCUACUUACACACCAAGGGGACCAGCAUGCUCUACUACUUCAGCGCUGGAGAGUAUGUUUGCCGGGCAUUCUGGGAAUAUGGAGCUUCAGGACUUAGUAAGCCUAAAAACACCGCCAAAAGUCCUCCAUCCAACCCAUUAUGGAUACUCUUCAUUGCUCUGGGUCUACUCGCACUGGGUGCAGUGAUUUUGGCGAUUCUGUGUUUUAAAAAACGCGGUGCGAAUUCCACCGAGCGGGAAGACAUGCAGAUGAACAGCUUGAGCAAGAGAAGGAGGAGGGCGGCAGAAGGGGACGAAGAAGAUGCACAGGACAACGCCUACCAGACCCUGACAGGCCAAGAGAAGACAGAGUAUCAGACUCUCCCUGCCAGUCAGGGCGGCGGUGGAGACGGGGGCUACGAAGCCGUGGGGGCAGCCAAGGCCAGGGAAGGGGCAGACGGUGGUUACGAAGCACUUAAGGUCAAAGGGCAGAGCGACGUGUACCACACUCUGCAGCAGCCCAGCACCUCACAGGGGGCGCAGGGGGAAUACGAGGCGUUGAAGGGUAAUAGGCAGAUUGACACCUAUGAGACCAUGAAGCAGCGAGAGGCAGAGGGGGUAGGCGUUGACUACGAGCACAUUAAGGAAGGUCAGACAGGUGCUAGCGAUGAGGAUAAGGGGUUAUACCAACCACUGGGAGCUACAGGUGGGGACGGGGGCUAUGAGGAGCUAAGAGCUAAAAGACAAGGACUGUGAAGAAGGAACUAGAGGAGAAAGGGAAACAUGGAAAAGACUGAGGUGAAAUACCAAAGUGAUACCUGCAUGAAAGAUGCAAUGAGUAAUCACCUUAUAGUCUUUAUAACUGCCCUUAUUUACCAUG